AUGUCGGAUCGCAAACGUCAGCGGGUCGACGCCGCCGCCCGUCGUCUCCAGCUCUGUGCGGACGACCUCCGCCACAUGAGCUCGUCGCUAGCAUCCUGUCAGUUCCGCCAGCCGUCUGCGCACACGUCGAUACCUCUACCGGCGUCCAGGUCCGCUCCAAAGCCACGCAAGGCGUCAAUACCCAAGCCAAGUUCUCCUUGUUCAUUGUCGCUCUAUUCGGUCGUCUCUAGCGCGACUUACGCCGCGAAAACGAGUGCGUCUGAGCACGAGAAGACGUGGCAGAUGACUCUGCAUCGACUGGGACUGGAGAUACUCGAGAAAACGGGAUCCCGCGAAGCGCUCGAGCGCGGGGAGCGUCUCACGCGCAGGUUCGAAGCGCUGUCCGACUCGGUGCAGCUCUGUCAGGAGAAACUGAAACGUGUGGGCGACGACGUGGCGCUGCAGGAUCGAGUCGAGAAGCAGUUAGCACAAGAGGAGGAGGCCUGGGAGCAGCAGAUGCAGGUCAGGGAGCAGCGCGUCGCCGAGCGUGAGGUGGAGCUCCAGGCGCUCAAAGAGGAAAAUGCUGCCGCAGCUGCUGGUACUACCGGAGGAGAGAACGAUACAGAAAAAGAAGAGGGAGAUGACGAUGAUGAGGAUGGUGAUGAUGGCGAUGAUGGAGACGAGGUACUGGACGAGGUGCAGGACCAGGACGAGCAGGUGAAACUGGCCGAGCUUGCAGAGCUGAGAGAAGCGCUGGCUCUUCGUCUGGAAGAGAAGAGGGACAUUGAGGCUGCUGUCUCUUCGUUGCAGAGGAAAAAAGCGAGACGCAGUGCCGCUGUUGCGGAGCACAAGAGCAAGGGGCGAGGGCAAAGUAUCGACGUUGAGGCAGAAGUUGCGGCGGCGGCGAGGGAACAGGUGCUUCGGGAGUUGAGAGAGGAAAAAGAGAUGCUGCAGCGCGAGAUCAUUGCAGCCGAGGAGAUGGAAGAACGCAUGGACGAAAAUGUGCGGGAUCUGCCUGCGCUGAAAGAAGAGCUGGCAGAAGUGAAGCGAAAGAAAGCAGAGGUACAGACCUGCGUGGACUCGUUGAGACUGGAGCUGGCACGCCAGAAACGGAAAAUGCGAUACAUGGUUGAUGUGCAGCUCUUGACGGCGCGCGACACGAAUCCACCGACGCUGCGGGAAGAAGCAGUGUUGUUGCAUUUGUUGUACGAACACGAAGGCGAGAUGGGAGUGAACGAGCUGAAGCAGGAAGCCAGCAAGUUGCUUGAGGAUCAUGGCAAGCCAAAUGGAAACGGGGUAGUAAUUCGCGCACUCUACUCGCUGGUGGCGAACGGCCUGGUGCAGAUCGAUCGGUCGCACGGCAAUGGUCUCGUCACCCUUCUGCUGGUCUAA